CAGGAAGUGAGUGUCCUCCGUUGUUCAAGGGAGAUGCUAAAGCGGCGGCUGCUUUUGGACAGGAGGAAACAAACCCGCAGUAUGCCGGAUGAACUUCACAGCCGUCCGGACAAAUUAGCUCGUCUGUCAAAUGGAGGGACGCAAACCAUGCUAACAUAAGCUGUAUUUGUUUGAAAAGUCAUUAAGAUAGUCGGUCGGUGAGGCUUGAACGCUGGCAAGCUGACGCCGGGGCUAGCGUCUAAAAACCGCUAAAGUUAAGCUAAGCUAAUAGUGGACUUAAUAUACCUGAGAAGACUGCGGUUCCGGGCGAGGAGAGAGAGGAAUACGCCGAAAUGAGUCAAACUGCUACAAGACACCGACCAGCUUAACCGGCUUUUACAGCAGUGUAAUCAGUGACUACACGCCAUACACCGUUCCCUGUUAAAACAACUAUUCAUCAGUUUCAGGGCAGGCAGAGAGGAAGACUAACUGUUCUGUGUUGCAAUGAGGAGCACCAGAGUCCAGCUCUGAGCACUCAAAGGUAUGAACUCCGUUUCCCCCAGCGCCGCACAGUACAUAGGGGGAGUAAUGCAGGAUGAGCUGGGGGAGAACCGGAGGCACCAGCCCAUGGAGCGGCAGGGCAGCUUUGGUCUCAGGCCAUCUCAGACUCCCGAUCCCAGCAGGGAGGCAGCCGGAGAGCCUGAUGAGAUGGACAAACUGAAAGCCAAACUAAUGUCAGCAUGGAACAACGUCAAAUAUGGUUGGACUGUUAAGUCUAAAACCUCCUUCAACAAGACAUCACCAGUCACUGUCCUGGGACACUCGUAUCUACUCAACAGUGAGGACGAGGUGGAGCGGUUUCGUCUGGCUUUUGUGUCCAGGAUCUGGCUCACGUACAGGAGGGAGUUCCCUCAGCUGGAGGGCUCCACCUGGACCACAGACUGUGGCUGGGGCUGCAUGCUGCGCAGCGGCCAGAUGCUGCUGGCACAGGGACUGCUGGUCCAUUUGAUGCCAAGAGACUGGGCUUGGCCAGAUGCUCAGCAGCUAACUGAUGUGGACUUUGAGGUGUUCAGACCACGUUCCCCAGCUCGGGCAGGUGGAGUCCCCAUCCCUUCCUUUGGCUCCCCACGAGGAUCUAACACCCCUGAAAAGUCCUUGCCAAGCGAGCAGGUGCCCAAAUGCAGCCAGAAGAAAAGACCUGAGUGUGUAAGGGACAGACAAGCAGAGCCCGUCCACCACAGGCUGGUCACCUGGUUUGGGGAUCAGCCCCCAGCACCUUUUGGAGUCCACCAGCUGGUGGAAAUCGGGAAAAGUUCAGGGAAGAAGGCUGGUGACUGGUACGGCCCGUCUAUAGUGGCACACAUACUACGGAAAGCUGUAGCCAAAACUUCUGUUGUCCAUAACAUGGCUGUAUAUGUGGCUCAGGAUUGUACAGUGUACAAAGAAGAUGUGGUGCAUCUAUGUGAUCCAUCACUAAGCCAGACUCCUCCUGAUCCGUCCAGCCAAGCCUGGAAGUCUGUCAUCAUACUGGUGCCUGUCCGGCUGGGAGGAGAGGCCCUCAACCCAUCUUACAUUGAAUGUGUCAAGAACAUCCUUAAGCUUGAGUGUUGUAUUGGAAUCAUCGGAGGAAAACCGAAGCAUUCACUCUACUUCAUCGGCUUCCAAGACGAGCAGCUGCUGUAUCUGGACCCUCACUACUGCCAACCUGUGGUGGAUGUAACACAAGUCAAUUUCUCACUGGAGUCCUUCCACUGUAGCUCUCCCAAAAAGAUGCCCUUCAACCGCAUGGAUCCCAGCUGUACUAUCGGCUUUUACGCCAAGAACAAGAAGGACUUUGAAUCUCUGUGUUCUGCUGUCAGUGUGGCCCUGUCAUCAUCCAAGGAGAAGUACCCCAUAUUUACCUUUGUAGAGGGCCAGGGUCAGGACUAUGGACUGGAGGGUCACAGCAGCAAUCACAGUGGACCUGCAGCCCACAUCCUGCCACCAGGCAAACUUGGCAGGAGUAACAACAGAAGGAACAGUGAUGAGUUUGUCUUCCUCUAAGGCUCCGAGGAGGAUGCUCUCCCAGCUCUCACCUGCAGGGGGCAGAAAAGGAGCAGCUCAUUUCCUCGCACAGGGAAGGACUCGCUUGUUGAUGUUUCAGCUGCAAGGUGGACAUGACGCUUUUGUGCUUUAUCACCCUCACUGGUGAACAGAAAUAAAAAAAAAAAACCUGUGUGGCUCCUGUCAUCACCUCUGUGUGGAUGGGUAUUAUAAGCUAUUAGGGCAUUAGGGUUGGGUCCUGACUGGAGUAUAACUUUACUGGACAAAGGCUCAUGGUUAGAAAUGUUUCAAGUACUUGAGGUAUUCUUGAUCCACUUUAUCAGACACCUUUAAAAAAGCCUCAAAGUCAGGUUUGUAUGAGUAAAAUCAAGUACUCAUCUCAGUGACACUCAACUACUGUGUUUUCUCCUGGUCUGAACUGGACAUACUGGAGGCAAUGUGUGGUCUACAUAAUGUUUAAUGAGCUCACUGGUCAGGUGAAGCGCUGCCCAGUGUUGUUCUUGUAUUGUAUACCAACUGCUGUUCCAUCUCUUUUUUAUUUCCUUUAUUUAUCAGGUUUCUGAAUGCGUGUAUGUGUGUGUGAGUGAGCUUGUAGGUUAGUGUAGUUCAUUUGUUUCGUCUUCAGUAAGUGUACUGAUGUAUUUAGGAGUCACAGUGCAACCCACAGAAGUUUCAGAUUCUUCCAAGAGCAUCUCGAACAGUCGUAAAUUCAUUCUAGUGUUGGGGACUGGAUGAAUGUCAUACAGACGACCCUAGGAUCUCGAUCCCACACACUUCCAGCUUUCGGCUCUACAUUAUUCAUCAUAAAGAUUAUGAAAUGUUCACAGAAAUCUGCUGUUAAAAUGUUGUUCGUUGGUUGAAGAUUUACUCCGGCUCUCAGACUGAGGAGUUGAGGAGAAAUGAUCUCUUCCGUUGUGGCUUGUCUCAUGAAACAGGAUUACAGAGUUAUCUGGAUAAAUUUGCAAAGUAAAGCACAGAACAGCUCUUUUCAUUUAAGUACAGGUUCUGGGAUUUACUUGGCAAAGUUGUUAAGAACUGCCCAAGCUGAAUGGAGAUUUUGCCUGGAUCUUCAAGCUUCUGUUGCGAUGUUAUUUGUGUUUUCCCUUUUUUUUUUUGUUUUUACGUGAAGGCUACUACUGCAAGUUGCACUACUACUGUUAUUUGGUUUGUUGUCCUGAUUAAACUUCAAACACUGGAAUCACA